GCGUGUGGAUCAUGCCCUCAGUGUGCUGCUGACAGAUAUCAGAGCCACACCAUCUGCUGUACAUCCGCGCUCUACUUUCACCUGAACCGUGCGGAUAUUAACAAACAUUCACCUGGAUUUCAUCACCUGGAGACAGAAUGCGGCGCGCUUUAAUAGACCAGGGAAACUAUUACAGUUAGGAUCUGGAUCUGUGUCUUUGGGAUCCCGAUGUCUUCAUCUGAGCCGCUGCUGCUGCUGGUUUUCUCUCUCGUUACAGAGGCGGCGCGCGGCAGCAUCACGGUAUCGCGCGUCGCGUUGCGCACGGCGAGCUGAGCCGCGCGGCGCGUCAGUUGGACACUCCGGACACUUCUGCGCGCGCUUCAUUGGGAUCUAGCGGAUAAUAUGUUGUGAUUGGACUUGGAAUAGUGAUAUUUUGAGGAUAACGCACGGAUUUUUAUCCUUUGGAUGUUUCUUGAUUUACUGAGGCUUUUAUGAAGCUCUGGUCUGUAUGGACCCCAUUUAGGCUUCCCUCAAAGGAACUGAGUCUAAAAUGAAGUUAUGGGACAUUCUAGCCACGUGUUUGUUGCUCUUGAGCUCCGUUUCCGCACGUCCCGUCUUCCACAAGCUGCAGCCGUCCAAAAGAGCUGUCAUCCACAGUUUGAUUCCCGCUCUGGACCCCAUCAUUGACUCCCAACCUGAAACCACGCACCAAAAACAAGCCUCCAUGGAGGAACAAUAUGACGUGAACAGCCUUUUCCCCGAGCAGUUCGAGAACGUGAUGGACUUCAUCGAAGCCACGAUCGGCCGACUGCGCAGAUCCUCCGACAUGGACUCAGGAACCAAGCAGGGCAGGGGCCAGAGGAAAGGAGCGACAAACAUCGAGAGGAGCAGACGGGGGCGAGGAGAACGAAAGAAGGGUCGAGGACGAGGCCGAGACGACAAGGUCAAAGGUCAAGGGCGUGGGUGCCUGCUUAAAGAGAUCCACCUCAACGUCACAGACCUGGGCUUGGGUUACAGGACCAAAGAGGAGCUGAUCUUCCGCUACUGCAGCGGCCCGUGUUUCGACGCCGAGACCAACUACGACAAGAUCCUCAACAACCUCACCCACAACAAGAAGCUGGACAAGGAAACGCCGUCUCGGACUUGCUGUCGGCCCGUCGCGUUCGACGACGACAUCUCGUUCUUGGACGACAGCUUGGAAUACCAUACUCUGAAGAAGCAUUCGGCUAAAAAGUGCGCUUGUGUUUGACGGACGAAUCCAGAGCGAAAUGCUUCAGACUGGGCCGCGGACUCUCUGAUAGAGAUACAUUCAGUAUUCAGUUUGUUACCAAACCACAUCCGUUUAUCCAGCAACAAACAUGGUGGAAUAAGAAGCGUGACGCACCUGCAGUGGAUUAUCACGUUUACACAGCGACAGACUCCACAUCUUAAAUAUCCAGAAAGCUAUCUAUCUGUCUAUCUAUCUAUAUAUAGUAUAUAUGAAAAUGUAUUUAUUGAGAUUUAAUUAACUUAUUGUUAUUUAUUGCGAUCCAUUGUAUUAGAGUGUUUGUUUCUCUUAUUUAUUUAAGGAGGUUUUUUUGUUCUCUAUCUUGGAUGGUGCCAGAUUUGAGCAUAAGUUUUU